UACGCGCAUGCGUGGACCGAUCGGUUGAUAAAGCAGGAUGGCGUCUGACGGAGAAGUCCUAAACGCGGGCAUUAUAUUUCUGUAUUCUUAAAUAUAUGUUGUUUAAUAGAGUACACGCGGUUAAUAAUUGUUUGUAGCCGGAUACAUUAGUCUGAGCGCACUUUGACACUUCUCCUGUUUGAUAGCUUCAUUUAAGGUAGCUUGCAGCUAGUUUAGCUGGCUAGUUAGCUUAGCUUGUUAGCUGCUAACAAAGAGACGCGGAAGUUAUUUAAACAGCGCUAAGUAGGGAACUAAUGUGAGUGUAAAGUGUUGUGAUUGUGUGAAAAUGUGCGAGAGAACGAUGGCAAAGUAUGAGGAGGAGUUUUUUCCAAGAAAAGAGGAGGACGAGCGACAACAUCAACUACUGGAUGUUUAUUAUAAGAAACAUCAUAAAGUUGUGUUACACAGAACAGAUGUCCGUGAAGAACAAUUUCUGCCUGAAAAACCGGAGUGUAGCUUCAGGAUGGUGAAGGAGGAUCAAUCAAAAAAGAAGAACAGGCGCCACGGACCCUUUGGUGUCUCCUUUAAUUCUUUGACACAGACCCUUCCCUGUAAAAAGGAAGAGGAAGACUCACUGACACCCCACAUUAAAAAGGAAGAGGAGGAACACCACAUCAGUCAGCCUAAAUGGUUGGAGGAGUUCCCAGUGACUGGUGUCCUUGUGAAGAGUGAAGAUGAUGAGGUCAAAAGUGAAAGUGAGGAGAAGAGAGAGGCGGAGCCUCCAAGCAACAACUCAACACAACACAUGACAACAGAAGCUGAUGGAGACCACUGUGGAGGUUUUGUAGGAAGUAGCAAAUUGAAAGUACACACGAGAACACACACUGGUAAAAAAAAUAUAUAUUGUUCAAUCUGUGGCUUAUCUUUUACAAGGAGGGAACAUUUGAAAGUACACAUGAGAACACACACUGGAGAAAAACCUUUUAUCUGUUCAAAAUGCGGUAAAGGUUUUACACAAAGUCAGAGUCUGAAAAAACACACAAUGUUACACACUGGAGAAAAAUCUUUUAUAUGUUUAAUCUGUAGUAAAUGUUUUAUACAAAGUCACAAUUUGAAAGUACACAUGAGAACACACACUGGUGAAAAACCUUUUUCUUGUUCAAUCUGUGGUAAAGGUUUUGCACAAAGUUCAUGUUUGGAAAAACACAGAAGAAGACACAGUGGAGAAAAAUCUUUUAUUUGUUCAAUCUGUAGUAAAGGUUUUGUAGAAAGUCAAUAUUUGAAAGUACACAUGAAAACACACACUGGCGAACAACCUUUUCCCUGUUCAAUCUGUGGUAAAGGUUUUACAGAAAGUCACAGUUUGAACAGACACACUAAAACGCACACUGGUGAAAAAUCUUAUUCCUGUUCAAUUUGCAACAGAAGCUUUUGUGACCGACAAAACCUUGUAGCACACAUGAGAACCCACACUGGUGAAAAACCUUUUUCCUGUUCAACCUGUGGUAAAGGUUUUACACAAAGUCGUUGUUUAAAAAGACACACGAGAACACACACCGGUGAAAAACCUUUUUCCUGUUCAGUCUGUGGUAAAGGUUUUACACAAAGUCAGAAUUUGAAAAGACACAAAAGAGUACACACUGGUGAAAAAUCACAUUCCUGUUCAAUCUGCAACAUAAGCUUUUGUGACCGAUCAAAUCUUGUAGCACACAUGAGAAGACACACAGGAGAGAAAGUGUUGAGUUGCAGUGUGUGUGGUGAAAGAUUCUCUUAUAAGUACCAGUGUAAGAAACACAAGUGUGCUGGUGAGAACAGCAGCAGCAAAUGAAACUUCAGGAUUUGAAAUAAAUUGUCCACACUUUAAUUUUGACUUUCUAACAACAUCAGCACAUAUAACAUGUGUGACAUUGUUGUUUGUGUAACAAUGUUUUUAAUAUGCUUCUACGUUUAUAGAUUAGAUAUUUUAUAUUAAUGCUUUUUUCAGUCAAGUACAUGCAUUAAUAUGCAAUAAUGUGUACUUUUGUUAAAAACUAACAGAACAAUUUGACUGAUAAGGUGAGAGUAAACAGUACAAGACAUAUUUUACAUACAAUAAACAUUUUAUGUGUAUAUAUAAUCAUAAUACAAUUUUGGAUUUAUUCAUAAUAGUGUUUUUACAGGUGCUUGAAAUAUUGAAGUUUUACAUAUUUUUAUUUAUAUUGAUAGGUUGAUUGGUAACACUAAAUUGGCCUUAGUGUGUGAAUGUGAGUGUGAAUGUUGUCUGUCUAUCUGUGUUGGCCCUGCGAUGAGGUGGCGACUCGUCCAGGGUGUACCCCGCCUUCCGCCCGAUUGUAGCUGAGAUAGGUGCCAGCGCCCCCCGCGACCCCAAAAGGGAAUAAGCAUUAGAAAAUGGAUGGAUGGAUGUUUAUGAUCCCAUUGAUUAGCCCCUAUUUAUGAUAUACAUAUUUCCUGGUUCACAUCUGAAACAUCUUCUGGACCUCUUCAGGAAGCAUAUUAUUAUUUAUUUUAUACAUGAUUUGAACAGUUGUCUUUUAUACAAUUUUAAAAUGUGUGACUUUAUGAAUCAGUUGUUGAGUCUAUAUAGUUAUUUUAUUAAGUAUCUUUAUUACUCUCUUUUGUAAUAUGAUGAUUGUUUUGUGAUUGUUUUAUAUGUAUGUCUCCAGACCUUUAUGCAAUAUAAAGGUGAGAGAACAUUACUGUAUUGUUUGUGGAAGGAUGAUCUUGUUUUAACAAACUUACAAUUGUGGAUAAAACAAAACAUUCCAUUGUUGUGUUUUAAACAUCUUAUAUGUUUGGUUUUUUUAACAUCCCCAAAACUUUAUCAAUUUCAGAAAACAAGUUUGGAGUGUCAGGCAAAAGCCAAUAUUGUACAUCAUCUUAACAGAGAUUUACUUUGCAUACAUUCAUAAAAUAAACUGUUUAUUUUAUUUCUCUUUCACAGAAAGAACAAUUGUCACUCACUCACUCACUCACUCACUCACUGUGAUAGCAAAAUUACUUAUACUUGUUUAAAUAGAUGAUGUUCUUUGAAGUGGGUACCAAAAGUUGUUCAUUGGGUUUAGGAAUGUGACGCUCUGCAAGAGGCCUCUAAUCUGAUCGGGCUUUUUCUCCUGUGUCUUUGAUGUGACAUGUGGACUUUAGUUGACCUGGGCAUAUGUGUCAUCUAUUCUUGACCCCCUUCUGGGCUAAAUUGGUCCCCUUUCCUGAGUGACAUCCCCCUUCUGGGCAAACGACACCCUCUCCCCUUCACAGGACUUUGGGUAUUCAUUCCACUGGGGUACUGUAUGUUAAUGAGCAUGGAGGGUGUGAUUUCUGAGAAUGUAUAAUUGUCAUUUCAAAUUCUAAAGGAGUUAGAACAAGCUGGAACGAACGAAUGUGUCGUUCUGGUUUGGUCUCGCUUUGCAAAGCUUGUUAUUAUUUGUUUGUUACUUUAAUAAAUCAUUUUAAAGCUAUUCGUCACUAAAGAAUCGUCUUUAAAAAAUGUCCACGACAAGUUGGUGUCAGAUGUGGGAUCCCAAGAAGAUCGCUGUUUCCGUUCGCAGAGGCCGCUGAAAUGGACUGAUCAACCCGGCAGCACAAAAAAGCUGACGUCUCCUUCCCAGAAAUUUGAAAGG